AUGGUUUUAGGAAAACACAUAAUUCCCUAUUUGAAGGACUAUCGGGAUGAAGGAAUGAAUUGGGAGAUCGAUCACGAGCGUAUUGAAUUCAUCGGACGAAUUAAUGAUUCACUGGAUGUAUGCGAGGACGAAAUUCCGAAUUUCCGACAUAUCUUGAGCUCCGAACAAAUCGACCGUCUCGUCACGGAUUCGAUAAAUAUGAUAGAGCAGAUAACGGGGGGAGGGAUCGAUCGAGGAAAACGAUUCAUCGGUUACGUGGCUCGCAGCGGCUACAAGGACCAGCCGAAACUCGACGAAGACGGCCCCGGCGUGCCACUGCUGCAGCGCACCACACCGCUGCAUCACGCAUUCAGAUGCGGUUCGCGCUUGCUCGACGAUACCAGGAUAGCCGAGCUCUUCGCCAUUUACAACAACAGAUUCGACGCGAACAUCGUCGACGAGUCCGGAUUGUCGCACUUUCACGUCGCCUGCUAUCUGUGCUAUCGCGACGCGGUCGAGAGAUUUCUCGAUCACGGCCAGGAUCCCAAUUGCAUCUGGCCGGAAACCGGUCAGUCGCCGCUGCACCUGGCUCUGCAGAAGAAGAAACAAAGGCCGACGCUCGAUCUGCUGCUGAGGAGAGGCGCCGAUCCGAAUUACGCCUUGGAAAACGGUGCGACGCCUCUGCACGUCGCGUGCCGGGGAAAGAGCUGCGAUCCGGCGUCGCUGAAGCUGUUUUUCGAGGCCAGGGGCCAAGGAUAUCCGCCGGUGCGAAUCAAUGCCCAGGAUCGUUUGGGCAAUACGCCGCUGCACGACGCCCUGAACAUGGAAGGCGCCCGCUUGGCGAUCGUCAAGUUUCUUCUGCAGAAGGGCGCGAAUCCAAAUAUGGCCAAUGAAGAGGGAUCGACGCCUCUGCACGUCGUGAGCGAGAAAUGCCGAGAUGUUGGCUUGCUGAAGGCGUUUUUCGAGUUGAGCCAGAAAAAGUAUCGUCCGUUGAAAAUCGACGCGCAGGACGAGGGGGGCCGGACACCGCUACACUUGGCCUUUAGAAUGUCCUACGAGAAGAUGGCCGUGUUUCUGCUCGAAAACGGAGCCGACCCGACUGUCAUCGAUUCGAAGCGAUUCACACCUCUGCACGUAAUUUGCAACCAAACGCAGGAAUCCGGGUUGGCACAGAUAUUUUUCAAAACUAUCGAUGCCAAUGGUCAGUCGGUGCAGGUCAAUGCUCGGGACGAUUUGGGUCGGACACCGCUGCAAUUGGCCGUGGCGAAAAUUUUACCGAAUACCGUCGAUCUACUCUUGAAUCGUGGCGCUGUUUUGACCAACUUAGUUUUUCCUCCAGCCAGCUAUUUCGACGAUCAAAAAUCCAUUCACAACAUAGAUGAUAUAGUUUACCACAGUUAUCGUCUCAUAAUAGCAUCCGGCGUGUUGGCCAUCGCCGAGCGCCUCGAGAAGAGUGGAUACAAGCUGGACCAAAGCGGCGCCUUAUCGAUCAUGAAAAUGUUCGCCAAGUUCAGAUGGUUCGAGAAGCCGUCCGAUGCUAAAAAAGCUUGGUGCGAUCAGGAGAAGUUCAGCGGCAAAGCAAGUACGAUAAAGGUGAAACAGGACCAGCUGUCGCUCCUCGAUCUGGUCCAGCUGCGACCCGAAGAGGAGGCAAAACUCAUCACGUACGCGGACUACUUCGAGUUGUCUCAGGACAGAAAAAUAGCUAAGCUCCUUAUACACAAACGGCUCCCGAUCGAGUUGUCUGAAAAGAUCUUGGAAAAAUUGAACAAUGAAGAUUUAUAUAAGAUUUGUUUGGCAGCCGAAAAUAUAAAAGACAGUGAAAAAGGUGUAGUAAUUCAAAAUCCCAAAAAAGCCAAAAUCGCAAGGACAGUACCUAUUGUGAGGAAGAAGGGGAUCAAGUGA